GAGUUGUGGUGCUCCACCCUCAUCCACACAUGGGUGGCGACAUGAUGAACCCCACCGUCGAGGCAGUUCUCCAGGGCCUCUGGCGAGAACCCACAGUGGCAGCAACCCUACGGUUCAACUUUGGCCACGACCUCUCUCAAAGCCUCAACGAGGCACAAGCUGCUGUGGCCUUCCUUCAAAAAGAGACCGGAAUACCAAGCUGGGCUGGCGUUGGCUACUCCUAUGGCGCAGCCAUCCUGUCAGAAAUGCUGCUCAAGAGUGCCUUGGAGCCUCCUGCCUCUGGUGCAGUGCUGUUGGCACCCCCUCUGUCGAUGCUGCCGGGCUUUAGCCUGGCUUCAACCAGACCGCAGCUCGCCGGCGGCCUGGCUUUGGCCCUGAUUGCCGGAAAUCGUGACGAGUAUUGUGAUGCCCAGCAGCUCCGUGAGGUCCAUGAAGAGCUCCAAGAUCCGAGUCUCCCCCAGCCUCCGCUCUUGGAGCUGAUCGAUGGUUGCGACCAUUUCUUUGGGCAGCCGCGCCACCUUGCGGCGGCUGCGGACUUGGCCGUGAAGGUGGUGACUCGCUGUGCUGCGGGUAGGCUGCAAGCGCCGCUGUGA